AUGUCCAAUGAUCAAACGUUGGUGCAGGUCUAUGGUGUGUCUGUUGAGAGGAUAUAUGCUGUUGAAUCCAGUGCAUUUCCUUCUUACGAGAAAAUAAAGAAUCUGCCAAACAAAAUUCUUCUUUGGUGUGGGACUAGAAGCUCUAACUUGCUUAGGCACCUGUAUAAAGGAUUCCUGCCUGCUGUCUGUCAUCUUCCUGUGCCAGGGUACAUGUUCGGCAAAGCCAUAGUCUGUUCUGAUGCAGCAGCUGAAGCGGCUCGCUACCGCUUCACUGCAGUGGACCGCCCAGAAGGGUACCUGGUGCUGGCGGUGGCCUCUCUGGGAGAAGAGAUCAAAGAAGUAACCGGAACACCAGGGGCAGAGGAGGCACGAGUCUUGGAAGAGAAGAAGAUGGGCGUGAAAGGUGUCGGAAGGAAGACUCCCGACGAGUGGGAGCACAUCACCUGGAGGGACGGCGUGACGGUCCCCUGCGGCAAGCUGGUGCCGUCGGCGAACAAGGACGGCCCGCUCGAGUACAACGAGUAUGCUGUGUACGACCCCAAGCAGAUGAGCAUUUGCUUCCUGGUUGGGGUGAAGUACGAGGAGCAGAACAUGGAGGUGAAUCAGGAAGGGGGCUGUCGAUUAUACACAGGCGCAUUACGAGCUCAAGACGUGAUGACUGGCGGCCUCGUGCACGAUGAGUUCAUGGUCCAGGAGACUUGGUUGCCACAUGCAUGGCUGGUCAUUUUGGUGCUGGUCUGCUUUUGUUUCUGA